CAUGGCUAUCGACCGCCCGACCACCACGAUUCUUCGCUUGAAAAGCACGCAAUCAUAAAAACAUCUGUAAUAACCUACUGUACUUAUCGUCGGUACAGCAAGCCCGAUCUCUCAUGGCCCUCAUUACCAUAUCUGGAUUUCCUUCGUCUGGAAAGUCGAGACGGGCUCACCAGAUCAAAGCACACCUAGAGUCUCGGAUGCAAGAACCCAGUUAUUCGGGGCCGAGGUUGAAAGUCUCGAUAAUCUCUGAUGACGAGUUGAACAUCGAUCGCAGCGUAUACGGCGAUGGCCGACUGGAAAAACCCGCUCGAGCGGCUCUCUUCACUGCGAUGCAGAGGAGAAUGGGACAAGAUACAAUCCUCGUCGUCGAUACGAUGAACUACAUCAAAGGCUUCCGUUACCAGAUGUACUGCGCCGCAAGGGAGAUGAAAGUACGAGUUUGCACAGUCUAUGUGGUUGCCACCCCAGACGAUUGCAAAGAGUGGAACGCGUCAAGAGACGACGGUAAACAAUACCCUCCAGAUAUAUUAGAUAAUUUGAUCCAUCGUUACGAGGAACCGUCGUCCAUGGUCAGAUGGGACUCCCCACUAUUGACAGUUCCAUGGACAGACGACGAUGUCCCAGUAGACGACAUUUGGAAGGCUGUCACGGAGGGCACAGUCAAACCACCCAAUGCCGGCACACAAGCGGUCCCGAAAGCCCCCACGGACGCACUCAGAACGCUAGAAAACACAGCAACUGCCAUGGUCUCUGCGAUCAUGGCGGAACAAGCUGCAUCGCAACUGUCCGGUGGACCGAUAACACUCGCGCUUAGCCCAACGCUCAGACCUCGUAUCACACUUCCUCCGCGCAAUGUUACCCUCUCUGAGCUGCAGCGGCUAAAGCGACAGUUCGUCACUGUACACAAGAAGGCCAUCACCCUGGGCACGAUCGAGAAGGGACAGGUGGACUGGAGCGAGGAGAGCGUUGCCGACAAAUUCGCUGCCUACGUCGAAGGAAAUCUCAGACCAUGA